CAACGGGCACUGCUGUAAUCUACCUAGCCUAAGGUAGCCAAACCUAGCACGAUACGCUAUGUAGUGUGUUUCUAUUUUGUUGCCCCCAUGCUAAGGGUGUGCUUGAUCGUCAUGAUACGACAACACAAACGAACGAACAGGCGUCAGUCAGAGUCAGCCGCUUCCACCGUCCACCGAGGAUCCCUAUCUGCGAUGUGCUUAGUUACCCUUGGCUUCGUUCUAUAGUUGACUCAGUUUCUAUAUAACUGUCCAUGUCCUCCUGCUCUGAAUUAGAAUUCUCAUCACCAUCAACAACCAGUUUCAUCUACACUCUACAACUACACUACAACUCAACAUUUACAUACAACAACUCAACUCUUUCAACUCAACUCAACUCAACUCAACUUCCAUCUUCACUCAAAAGUCAUACUUAACUCAACUCAACUCUACAACAUUUACAAUGGCUGCUUUCACUCUCACAUUUGCUCCCACCACUCGAUCCUUCGGCCGAUCUGGCUACAACAAGGACGGUGACGACUCUGACUCCAAGCCCACAAACAACCGUGGUCGAUCUGGCUACAACGAGCCUGAGGAAGGAGACUCUGGUCGCUCUGGCUAUAACGGCCCUGAAGACGAUGAUUCCUCCAAGGGCAACAAGGGUCGCUCUGGCUACAAUGGUCCCAGCGACAAUGACGAGGAGUAAACUCCUUUGUUACUCUUGAGUCACUUCCCAAAAGCAUACACAGCGACAGCGCAAGCAUGGAACGGAGUUUUCUGUUUAGACACUAGUUUCAACAACAUCUGCAUGGAACGGAGUUUUGUUUUGUUCUCAUCAUCAGCAUUGGUAUUCGGAGGAACAUGUUGCAGACACGGCAUCGCAUAUCAGGAGUUGGAAAAGACGGAAGCAUAGCAUCACACAGCGUUGGCAUGGCAUGGCAUGGCAUAGGAGCGAGCAUACAGCAUGAUAUAUUUCCUUUUGCUUUAUUUUUCUUGUCACUUCAUCUCAAAUUUAUUUUCGCUUUCUCUUUCCAUAACCGACUAGACCAGGCCCAGGUGGCCCAACAUUGAGUCUUUCAAUUGUUCAGACCAGCUGCUCUCUAUAGAAUAUUCCUCGAUGGAAAAUAUAUUUCAACUCUCCCACCAAUCUCUCAUCGCUAUAGU